GAGUAUUAUAAAUAUUAUCGUAUCCAUACCAAACAUCACAACACAGCCUUCAACCUGCAACCAUGGAACCUCUCACCAUCGUCUCCCUCGCUGUGGCUUCAUUCCUUCUCUUUGUUUUUUGGGCAUUAUCACCAAAGACCUCCAAGAACUUGCCACCAGGUCCACCAAAACUACCCAUCAUCGGAAACAUACACCAACUCAAAAGCCCAACUCCUCAUCGAGUUCUUAGAAACUUAGCCAAGAAAUAUGGCCCCAUCAUGCAUCUACAGCUCGGACAAGUCUCUACAGUCGUCGUGUCUACACCUCGACUUGCUCGAGAGAUCAUGAAAACCAACGAUAUCAGCUUUGCUGACAGACCCACAACCACAACCUCCCAAAUAUUCUUUUAUAAAGCUCAAGACAUUGGGUGGGCUCCAUAUGGCGAAUACUGGAGGCAGAUGAAGAAGAUUUGCACCUUGGAGCUUCUUAGUGCCAAAAAAGUUCGAUCUUUUAGCUCUAUUCGGGAAGAGGAGCUUCGUCGUAUCAGUAAGGUUCUUGAAUCACAAGCCGGAACAACCGUCAACUUCACGGAAAUGACUGUGGAGAUGGUGAAUAAUGUCAUCUGCAAGGCUACGUUGGGAGAUUCCUGCAAAGACCAGGCUACUUUGAUCGAGGUGUUGUAUGAUGUGUUGAAAACUUUGAGUGCUUUCAAUCUAGCAUCGUAUUAUCCUGGUCUACAGUUUCUUAAUGUGAUCUUGGGGAAGAAAGCCAAGUGGUUGAAGAUGCAGAAACAGCUUGAUGACAUCUUGGAAGAUGUGUUAAAGGAACACAGAUCUAAAGGAAGAAACAAGAGCGAUCAAGAAGAUCUAGUUGAUGUUCUUUUGAGAGUCAAAGACACCGGUGGACUGGAUUUCACAGUCACAGAUGAACAUGUCAAAGCCGUUGUUCUGGAUAUGUUGACUGCUGGAACAGAUACAUCUUCAGCAACACUUGAAUGGGCGAUGACUGAGCUCAUGAGGAACCCUGAGAUGAUGAAGAGAGCACAAGAAGAAGUGAGAUCGGUGGUGAAAGGAGACACAAUCACCGAAACGGAUUUACAAAGCUUGCAUUACCUGAAACUAAUAGUAAAGGAAACACUGAGGUUACAUGCUCCUACACCUUUGUUAGUACCCAGAGAAUGCCGGCAAGAUUGCAACGUCGACGGAUACGAUAUUCCGGCCAAAACUAAGAUCCUUGUAAACGCUUGGGCUUGUGGAACAGACCCUGACAGUUGGAAAGAUGCAGAAAGCUUCAUCCCGGAGAGAUUUGAGAACUGUCCGAUCAAUUACAUGGGUGCAGAUUUCGAGUUCAUUCCGUUCGGUGCUGGCCGGAGAAUUUGCCCCGGACUUACAUUUGGGUUGAGUAUGGUUGAAUACCCACUUGCUAAUUUCUUGUAUCAUUUUGAUUGGAAACUUCCAAAUGGAUUGAAACCCCAUGAGCUUGACAUCACAGAAAUCACAGGGAUUUCAACAUCGCUCAAACAUCAGUUGAAAAUCGUCCCGAUCCUCAAGUCCUAGGCAAAGUAAAAGAAGCUGCUGCUAUAAUAGGACCACCCAUGUCAUGUGCUCUCGCCGGUUUUUGUUCUUGUUGUAUCGAUCGUAUACAAACUUUGCCUGUAAUUUUUAUUAUGUAAUCACAAUAAUAUGAAUAAUUAUUAUUUAUUAAUGACGAUUGACGAGAGC